AUGUCGGCACGUCUCCACAAAGGCCUCUCAGGCGUCCUCGCCAAAUCCCCAUCCGACACGGUCAUUCUCUCGUCGGUUCGCACACCUAUCUGCCGCUCUUACCGCGGUCGUCUUAAGGAUGCUUACCCUGAGGAGCUGCUAGCCAGUGUCCUCAAGGCUACUCUCAAAGCACACCCAGAGGCCCCAGUUGACGAUGUCGCUGUCGGAGUUGUGCUCUCCGAGCUCGGCGGUUCAAAGGCGGCGCGCAUGGCGCUCAACCACGUUGGGUUCAAGAACACUACCAGUUUGUACACCGUGAAUCGCGCCUGUUCGAGUUCGCUGCAGGCUAUUGCUGCGGUGUCGGGACAGAUUCAGACGGGCAUGAUUGAUACGGGUAUUGCGGCGGGUAUGGAGAGUAUGACGAGAAAUUACGGAUCAAGAGCCAUUCCUGUGGAUGUGUGGCCUGAACUCAAGGAGUCGCCUAACCAUCAUGCGCGGGAUUGUAUUAUGCCUAUGGGCUUGACGUCGGAGAACGUCGCGGAGCGUUAUGGAGUCUCGAGAGCGGAUCAAGAUGCUAUGGCUGUUGAGUCCCACCGACGAGCUGCCCGUGCGAGAAGCGAGGGUCGCUUUGCAGAGGAGAUUGUGCCUGUUGAGACACGGUUCCAGGAGGUUGAUAAGCAAGGCAACAAGGUCGGCGAGGAGCAGCGCAUCACCGUCACCGCAGACGACGGCAUCCGCGAGGGCGUCACCGUCGAGGCAUUGACCAAGCUCAAACCCGCCUUCAAGGCCGACGGCGCCUCCACAGCCGGAAACUCAAGCCAGGUCUCCGACGGCGCAGCCGCAACACUGCUCAUGCGCCGAAGCACCGCCACAGCCCUGGGUCUACAAGACCGCAUCAUCGGCAAGUUCGUCUCCGCAGUGACAGUCGGCUGCGACCCAGACGAGAUGGGCAUCGGCCCUGCGCUCGCGAUCCCCAAGCUCCUCGACCAGGUCGGUCUGCAGAAGGAGGAUGUUUCGCGGUGGGAGAUCAACGAGGCGUUUGCGAGCCAGGCGCUGCACUGCGUGCGGGAGCUAGGUCUCGAGGAUGCGUGGACGAAGGAGAAGGUUAACCCUGACGGAGGCGCUAUUGCGCUGGGACAUCCUCUUGGUGCGACAGGUGCACGCAUGACGAGCACGUUGCUGCAUGGGCUAAAGAGGGAUGGUGGUGAGGUUGGUGUUGUGAGUAUGUGUAUCGGAACGGGGAUGGGUAUGGCUGGGUUGUUUGUUCGGGAGUAG